AAAUCGAAAAAAAAAAAAAAAAAGGAGAGAGAAAAGCCUCUGUGUGCCCAAACGUGAAGCCGCAGACGCACAAACACCACUGACAGGCAGUGCUGCGCCAUCACCAGCCCCGAACCUCUCCAGGGAUCUGCUGCUGCUCACAGCUUUCACAAAGAUACAACUUGGAUAUUUCUCUGCUCACUUUGUCUUCUGAGGACCUCCUUUUUUAUGUUCUUUAAGAAAAAAAUAUUUUUUUUUCAGCAUCAGCCCCUGGUUAAAUAAAAUGAUCAUUUCAAGGUGUAAGAACCCCCCACAGGUACGGACGGAGGUGGGGAGCCUGUGAUCUCCGGAGGAGCAGGAGCGACGUUAGUGCGUAAAUCUGAAAGGAUCGUUUUUAAAGGAAAGUGUUUUUUUUUUUUUUGGAGAGGUUGUGAGGUGAUUCCGUUUGACGCGUAUUGGCACCAAUUCGGAGGACUUAUCUGUUGCGGAGCAGAGGUGACUGAGAAAUUAAAGAGAGUAUUUUGGAUAGUUUCCCCCCCGCAACUCCUCAACAAGGAAGCAAAUGUUGCUCUCCGUAUUGCUGCUGCUUUCCCGUCAUCGGUCCUCACACUGGGAUUCAAUCUGCCGCUUCCCCCCGGAGCUGCUGGGUGCGUAAAAAGACGCGCAGCGGUGCGGAAGAGCCCGAGCGGGAGAGAGAGAGAGAGAGAGAGAGAGAGAGAGGAACCCGAGGAGGGAGAUCCGGACAAGCCUUCCCGGGGGGCUCCCAGUCUGUGGGAGCAGGUGUAUUUCAGCUGUUUUACCCCCCACCCUCUCUGAAAGCCAAGAUGUCUCUGCUGCCUUCGAGGUUCAUAUACCUGUGUUUACAUUUUCUGGUCCUCUAUUUCCAGGUACAGGAAUCCCAGCAGAGCACUGCCGACUUUAGGUUUUACAUCGAAAACCACACGAGAAACCCGGACGACUUGAGCCGGAAGCAGGUCCGGAUCUAUCAGCUCUACAGCCGAACCACGGGCAAACACGUUCAAAUCUUGGGGAAGAGAAUCAACGCCAAUGGAGAUGAUGGGGGCAAGUAUGCUCUUCUUGUUGUUGAGACGGAAACCUUUGGGAGCCACGUCCGAAUAAAAGGAAAAGAGAGCGAACAUUACAUUUGCAUGAACGAGAAGGGGAAAAUCAUCGGAAGGCCCGACGGGAGGAAGCAGGAGUGCGUCUUUGUGGAGGAAUUCCUGGAGAACAACUACACGGCCCUGGUGUCGGCCAAAUACAAGGGAUGGUACCUGGGCUUCAACCGGAAGGGGCGGCCCAAGAAGGGCUCGCGCACCACGCAGCGGCAGCAGGAAGUCCACUUCAUGAAGCGCCAGCCCAAGGGCAGGGCGGACCCGCUGGAGGAGUUCCGUUUCACCACAGUGACAAAGCGGACACGAAGGGCUCGGCGGUUAAAGUCCAACCCCAAGAGGAACUGAUGGCACCAACGGGACAGCACUAGAUACUCUCACUGAGGGGGGCGGGAGGGGAGGGGUCACACUUCGUAAAAGAAUCACCUUAAAGACCUCACCUCUGUAAGGGAAAGACGGACAAACUAAAAGAACAAAGAUGUUUUAUUUUUGUAUUUCAGGAUGACAGUGCUUCACGGCUCCUGGAUUCUUCUGCGUUGCUGUCGUUGUUGUCGUCGUUGUUGUUAUUUAUAGUGGAUAAACUAAAGGACCUCUGAGAGAACUCCUGUGGCUGCUGGCCUCGGCUGCGUCUGAACUGCAAGCUGAGGCCUGCUUUCUUUCUUUCUUCCUUUCUUUUUUUCUGACAAUGGGAACUGAAGCAGGAGCUGACGCAAUGUUAUAAAAAUCAGCCAACUAGAGAUUUAUUGGAAUACCUGUCGGUUUUUGUUUGUGUUGCCCCUGACGACACGGAUCCCAUACUUUCCACUGGAAUUAAGCACCAUGGAUAUGAAGCCCGGMGAGAGGCAGGGCGUGCAGGUGACACUGCGCCGCCAGGAUAACUGUGUAGCUUUGAGUGCAAUAUUUUUACAGGUCUCUUUCGCUCCCGCUCUCUUUCCACACGUCUCCUGGAAUGCGCCGGAAACCGGAAGCUCCGUGACGUUUGGUUYGGCUGAAACACGCUUUGACAACAAAAGAAAAACACGACGGCCGAUGUGAUUCGUAAUUCCAAACUUGUCUUCCAGUUUCACGUCGCGCUCCUUUCAGCUCUUCCUCACAUGUGUUAAACAUGUUUCCAGUGACAAUGCCUUGAUCUUUUUUUUUUUCCAAGCGAGAGCAUGCCAAGCUUUUAGAAGCUGGUGAUGACUUCUUCUACCUCCUUGUGCUUUUUUUUUUUUUUUGUUUAUCUUUACUUAGUCUGAUUAUUUCAGUUGAAUCUGUUUGGUUUGUUUUUCURUGAUUGAGAUGAUCUAGCAGAUGCUUCUGGGGAAACGCACACAGACAGGUAUUCCACACUUCCUAAUCAUAUUUAACAAAUAAAACGACUUCUCAAAAACCUAAAUGACAGGAUUCAGGGAAUCUUUAAGUCGCCUGGAGUUUGUAUCUGAAUCCUUAAAGGAAACGUUAUUUUCUGCCUCUGACAACAAACUCCAGUUUUCUUUCCUUUUUUUUUUGUUUCUUUUUUUGUUUUUCACCAGUAGUAUGUAUUUACCUGUCAACUGGCAGUCUUCUGUAUGAGUUACUACUAACAUGACACAUUUAUGUUUUUUUAAACAAAUCUAAGCAAAAAUAAUAAUAAUUUUAUGACCAUUAUUAAGAUAUUUAUUUCUUCCCUUUGUAAAUAAAAUGUGAGGCCUCUGUUAAUAAAAUGAGGAUUAUAUU